AUGGUCACAUCCCGCUCGCAGUCUCGUGCGGCGCGGAGAGAGGACGAGGUUAACGAAGAUAAUGCAAGCCACGCCUAUGUUUCUCCAGGGAAGAAGAGGAAAUUGAGGAGUGCGGGGAACAACGCGGAGGACGAAGAGGAAGUGAUUGCAACACCCAGCGCAACGAAGAAACGGAAGACUUUACCAGUCAGGGAGAAGGACUCGAGUCCGGCUGUUGCGAAGACGAUUCCAGUGGUAGAGAUUCCUGCGAAGAAGAUUAUACCCGAGCCAGAAGUUCAGGGUGGAAGUCAGGCGAAGCCUAUUGAGAUUGAGGAUGAUGUGGAGGAGAGGAGUGAUGAGGAUGUGAGCGAGGAGGCGGUGGCGGAGGAGGGGAAGAGCGAGGAACCAGAAAAGGUUGAAGUCAACACCAAGACCAAGCAUAAGAAAUUUGGCAGUGAAGAACCGGAGCCAGAGUUCUUCUCAACGGCGAGAGAGGAGCCUGAUGUUGCCGAGGAGAUUGCGGAUAGUGAGGAAGGUAGCAACAGUGAAGAUGAUGCUCCAGAAGCCAUUGGGAUCCAGGAUGCUGCUAAGGAGAUCAAGUCGAAGGAAAGGGAUACAGCCAAAGCCGUCAAAGACCAACUAUCCGCCUCCCGCAAAAAGCGCAAAGAACGAGACGAAAUUCUCAAGAAACAGUCCUCCAAAAGCAAGAAGCGACAACCAGUCACAACUACGGCUGCACCAGAACAAUCUUCCGACUCAGACAAUGACGCACCAUCUCCCUCUUCACAACCAGAAAACAUCCAAAUCCCCACCCAUGCGCUCACAAGCCGCUCCGCCCUCCCAUCCUUCCUCCCGGCCGAAUACCUCGAAGACGACGACGAUGAGGACGCCCAAGCUCUCGUACCCUUCUCAGACGAAAUUACCAUCAUCAAGAAGAAAGCCAAGAAGACGAAAUUCAUCGAUGCAGCGUUGAAAGAGCCGAAGGAUAGGAGAGUGGGUAAGACGACGUAUCGGGUUGCGAAGAGGCAGAGUACGAAGUUAGCUCCGAAGUCGAGCUUCUCAGCGAGGUCAACGAAGGAGGCAUGGUUGCAGGGGAGGACUGGGGGGAAGGUCGAUCCGAGUAGGAGGGCCUUUGGGAAGGCGUUUGGGAGGAGGUGA